UAUGACAUAAAUGUAACAUUAUUUUGACAGUCCGUUUAGUCCAAAUUUUCGUUCGUUUUUCUGGUCAUGUUUGCAUACACCGCAUUACCGUUUUCAUUGGCUCCUCAGAUUUCGUUUGCCCUCUUUUUCCUAUCCAUUUUGUUCGCGACCGCUGCGGGUGUAACAGCAUUCCUGCUGCUGGCGUCCGGUAAUUUGCAAAAUUUGCAGGACCAAUUCGAUCAUCGCAAAAAAUCCCAUACAUUGCCAAUCGUAGCUGACAAUGGCGAAAUACUGGCGACCAAAGACGAACUUCUAUUCCACAUAGACAUUUUAGAGACCAAACUCAAGAACAAAGCAGCCGAAUUGGAAGCAUGGAAAGGGAAACUCAACAAAGCUGAGAUGGAAAUGCAAAAGUUGAACAAUGCCUCUGGAGAAGUUAGAAGACAUUACAUGAAGCUGAAAACGGAUGUUGCUAAGACAGAAGAUGAUUGCAAAGAGAUCCAAAAUCAAAUCGAUGAAUUUAGACGACGACAAGCUGAAAUAUGUCCAGAAUCAGCAGACAGAAGAGGACAUUCCUGCUCCGUAUUAAGUGGUUCCAAAGGAAUGAGCAAAAUAAGAAGCGACACUCCUCCCGAAGCUUAUGGAAGAAUCGCGACAGUCAUGAAGUCAUUAAAAUGUCUGUCAACAAUCCUGCAAUUCAAAAAGUUAGCCGGAGCCGUGUCACAAUUAUUGAUAACUACUUUGAGUUCAAUAGGAAUUAUACUACCUCGUGAGACAUCCUACGGAAGAAGAAGAAAUUUCGGACAUGCAUCUAGCUUAGAUUAUCAAAAGAAUGUCAGCCACGACACUGACCGUUGGUCAAAAGCAACUUCGAAUUUCCGAGGAGGAAAGGAUUAUAUCUGCAUAAGAAGCGGUGAUAAAAAAUAUAUAAAAGUAGUAAACUUUCCCUUUCCCUCAAAAAAUCCCCCACCUACCCUCUUAUCGAACAUGGUAUUAUGGGCGAUUAAACAAUUACGAGUUAAAAAAGAAACCAAAGAUCGUGCAGUGAAUUAUUCCAGUGGGUGCCAUGCAAUUCCUUUAUCUACUGCAGGGCCAACUAAAAGUUACAAUGUCGAACAGAGACUAACCGAAAAAAUCGCUGACAAGUUAAAGACGUUGAUAAUUUUCCAAUUCAUGGAAGACGAUCAAAAGAACAGGGUCCAAAAUAAAAACUCAUUUCUAAGUACUGAUGGAUAUAGAAAAUUGGCCAAAUCGCUGAAGGUAAAUGACUCCCUUUUCUCACGGCUGCUUUCUGAAACAACGAACAAAACCGAAAGAUCGCGUCGCAUAAGAAAGCAGUUCUGCGAAUCUUCUUUUGAAAACCGACCGAUGAACAACAACGAAACACUUUCGAAUUCAGAGGGAGAGACAGAAACUCAAAUUUCGGAAACAAAGCAAAAGGGAAAACAUUGCAACUCGGUCCAUAACAAUCUGGAAGGAGUUGAAAGCCCUUCAAGUAAAAGUAAAUUCAUCUACGUCAGGAGUAGGACAGAUACCGAAGAAUCAUCAAAAGAUAAUGGAAAGACUAAUGAAAUUGAAGGAUCGACAGAGAAGGUUUACAAACUCAAAGACACAGAUUUUACAUCCCUACUGCAAAAGAGACGCUUAGAGGUAAUACAUAUGAACGAUUCGGAAAUUACGGAUGGUGAAUGUCGGAAGAACGAGAGUGAAACUCCUUUCCACUCGCUUGAUUUGUUAAGCAUAAAUGAAUGCAAUUCAAAACAGCAGCUCUGUACCAUGAACAGCAAAAUAAGUUCGAUAGAGAGCGAAUCGCUAGUAGAGAAGAAAGUACGAAAUCAUCUUGAGUGUAUCAAAAGGGCAAGCUCAAAAUCUUCAUUUGAUCACAGCUCAACAAACAGGGAUUCCUUUUUCAGUCCAAAAAACAAUAUAAAAACGAGAACCGCGUUUAGUAGACUUACUAGAGAUCAAAUGUGUUUAGUAUCCAUCUUACCAACGCAAAUACCAGUGAGUAUUGUUUUUGGCAAACAACAAACGAAGACAGAAGCUGUAAGUUGUUCGUUAUUAAAAGUUGGAUUAAGUGAAUCUAAAAGAGAUCCGUCUAAUACAAAUUUUUCGUCCUCUUCCGGAAUAAAUGAAAAAAAGAGUCCUGCAAAUACAUCGAGAUCGCCUUUGACGUUACAAAAGAGAAGUCCAACGGCUGUUGACAUGAGAAAGGUUAACACGUACUCAAAACUACUCAGUAAAGUAACGUACUCUUCGCAGUAUGCAAAAAAUUCGAAAGAGCUACUGAGCAAUCCAUCAAAUAAGGUAGCUUCAGAAAUAGAAGAAGUGAAAGGGAUGAAACAUCGUAAUUUAUCGAAACAAAUGCAAGCAAAAGGAGUGAAGACAACCCCUAUCGCUUCCGUGCAACGAGAUAGGUUAGACGGUAAGAAAUCUUCUUCGAAUUCGUACAGUGCAUCAAAAGCUUCCCUGCUCAUUACUGAAAACUACAAUAUGGAAUCUCAAAAAUCGUUAAAAUCAUUCAGAGAAGACAAACAUUCUAAUCUGGAAGAAUCAGCAAUGGAAAAGGAAAAUCUACCCACCCCUAUGUCAAAUUGUACAUCUGAGACAAAUAGCAAAGCCGAACCGAGUUUUAAAUGUGAUUCGUUGACUUCAGACUACAAAGCACCAAAGCAUUGGCAGGCAAAUGAAUGAUGUGGAUAUUAGGAAACUAUUUGUACAAAACGAGAAGGUGAAGCAAAAAGCGAUUCACUAAAAAUAUAGCGUAUAUAUAAAAAAAAACGAAAAAUAUUUCUUUAAAUAAGUGUACUUAAUUCGUAAUUAACAAUAAUAUAAAUGUAACUGUUGUUAAUAACAAUAUACUUCGUAGUAGCUUG